CUGCGCGCGCGGAGCGGCGGGGCUCUCCUCACACAGGCGCUUCCUCGCCGAGGGGUUGGAGCUGCGGCGCCGCAGGCCUGGGCCGCCGCUUCUCUGCCUCAGGGCUCCCCGGUCCGCUCGCCCUGCGACGCUGCCCAGGUAUGGUCUGAAUAUGCGUUGCCUGGCAGCUCGGGUCAACUAUAAGACUUUGAUUAUCAUCUGCGCACUCUUCACUUUGGUCACAGUACUUUUGUGGAACAAGUGUUCCAGUGACAGAGCGAUCCAGUUUCCCCGGCACCUGAGUAGUGGCUUCAGAGUGGAUGGAUUAGAGAAGAGAGCAGCAGCGUCUGAGAGUGACAACUAUGUGAAGCACAUGGCCAGACAGCAGUCUGAGGAGGCCUUCCCUCAGGAGCAGCAGAAAGCGCCCCCUGUGGUGGGAGGCUUCAAUAGCAACGGGGGAAGCAAGGUGUUAGGGCUCAAGUAUGAAGAAAUUGACUGUCUCAUAAAUGAUGAACACACAAUUAAGGGGAGACGAGAGGGGAAUGAAGUCUUUCUGCCAUUCACUUGGGUCGAGAAAUAUUUUGACGUUUAUGGAAAGGUGGUUCAGUACGAUGGCUAUGAUCGGUUUGAGUUCUCUCAUAGCUACUCCAAAGUCUAUGCACAGAGAUCCCCUUACCACCCUGAUGGUGUGUUUAUGUCCUUUGAAGGCUACAAUGUGGAAGUCCGGGACAGAGUCAAGUGCAUAAGUGGGGUUGAAGGUGUGCCGUUAUCUACACAAUGGGGACCUCAAGGCUAUUUCUACCCAAUCCAGAUUGCACAGUACGGGUUAAGUCAUUACAGCAAGAAUCUCACUGAGAAGCCCCCUCACAUAGAGGUAUAUGAAACAGCAGAAGACAGGGACAGAAGCAGCAAGUCUGGCGACUGGACGGUGCCGAAGGGCUGCUUCAUGGCGAGCGUGGCUGAGAAGUCCCGGUUCACCAAUGUGAAACAGUUCAUUGCUCCAGAGACCAGUGAAGGUGUGUCCUUGCAGCUGGGAAACACAAAAGACUUCAUUAUCUCAUUUGACCUCAAGUUCCUGACCAAUGGGAGCGUGUCUGUGGUUCUAGAGACCACGGAAAAGAACCAGCUCUUCACUGUGCACUACGUCUCCAACACCCAACUGAUUGCUUUCAAGGACAGAGACAUAUACUAUGGCAUCGGGCCCAGAACUUCGUGGAGCACAGUGACCAGGGACCUGGUCACUGACCUCAGGAAAGGAGUGGGGCUUUCCAACACAAAAGCUGUCAAGCCAACCAAAAUCAUGCCCAGAAAGGUGGUCAGGUUGAUCGCAAAAGGGAAGGGGUUCCUGGACAACAUCACUAUCUCCACGACGGCCCACAUGGCCGCGUUCUUCGCUGCCAGCGAUUGGCUGGUGAGGAACCAGGACGAGAAAGGUGGCUGGCCGAUUAUGGUGACCCGCAAGUUAGGGGAAGGGUUCAAGUCUUUAGAGCCGGGGUGGUACUCUGCAAUGGCCCAAGGGCAAGCCAUGUCUACGUUAGUCAGGGCCUAUCUGUUAACAAAAGACCACGUAUUCCUCAAUUCAGCUUUAAGGGCGACGGCCCCUUACAAGUAUCUGUCAGAGCAGCACGGGGUGAAGGCCGUGUUUAUGAAUAAACACGACUGGUAUGAAGAAUAUCCAACCACGCCCAGCUCCUUUGUUUUAAAUGGCUUUAUGUACUCCUUAAUCGGGCUGUAUGACCUCAAGGAAACCGCAGGGGAGAAACUCGGGAAGGAGGCGAGAUCGCUGUAUGAGCGGGGCAUGGAAUCCCUGAAAGCCAUGCUCCCCCUGUACGACACGGGCUCGGGGACCAUCUACGACCUCCGCCACUUCAUGCUCGGCAUGGCGCCCAACCUGGCGCGCUGGGACUACCACACCACCCACAUCAACCAGCUGCAGCUGCUCAGCACCGUCGACGAGUCGCCCGUCUUCAAGGACUUCGUCAGGAGGUGGAAAAGCUACCUGAAGGGCAGCCGGGCAAAGCACAACUAGAGCUCACGCCACGGCCACACCGCACGGCAGCCCGUGCCCUGGCUCGGCGUGGCCAUGGCGUGCUGGGAAGCUGUGUCCUGGGUGUCUGUGGGCUGCAUCAGACCGGCAGGUGGUUCCUAACAGCAGUCUUCUGAAACAGUCGCGUUCCAGGAGCUGGUGUGGAGGCAGGAGGGGCGGGCAGAGCAGCUGUUGAGUCAGUGGGCUGAUAAAGAUGUUUCGCAUUGCCUUGCUGGCCGCUCCGUGCAGUCCCCCACUCAGCUAGGUGCAGGCCGACUGGUACAGCUCUCUUUUAAAAUGUGGAUUAUUUAUAUUUAGAUGGAAAGCAGACUUCACAGACGAGUAACGUGCUGUGACAGUAAAUAUGUACUUGUGGCCUGGAUGGUGGAUUGUGUUCAGCUGCUUUUCUGUAGAUUAAUUUCCUGGGAGUGAGUGAGCUCUUGUUGCAUUGUUCCAUUUGUUGUAUAUGGCAAAUAUUUUGAAUUACGAUUUUCUUCAAACGUGGGAUGUAAAAACACAACCAGUGUUCAGGCUUCAGUUAUAUAACGUAAGCACAACUAAAAUGAAACUUGUUGACUGCACAAGAAAUGACACAAUGUUUCCUGUUUUCUGAAACUUGCUCUACAAUCAGCGAAAGUUUGAUAAUCAGUCUGUCCUCCCACACUCCCUGGUGGUGCUUUCUUUCUGUCCAUGUCUAGAAUUCCCUAUUUCAUUUCAGACUACCCUUGAGAGUCGUGUCCACUUCAGGGGAGGGACAUUUCCAGGACAUCGUUUGGGAUAUUUAUUAUGAACCCAAAUUUGGGAAGGAACUCGUAAUUUGAAGGCCAUCGCCGCUCCCUUUCAGGAUUUUUCCCCCUUUAAAUAAAAACACUUGGUCACAGAUUAUAUGUAAGAAUCAUCAGAGUUUUUCCAACCUGGAUCAUUCUUGAUCAUCACUUUGCAAGCUAUUGGUUCUGUGCAGUGUUGUUGAAAUUUAAUUUUAGGUUAUUCCCACCGUGAGAAGGGCUGCUGCUGCAUGUGCUGUCCGUGUGUGGUCGGGGCUGUGUGUCGGUCACUCAGUCCUGCUGUACCUCACGGCAGGAGGCCCCGGGGCCCUCAGCGUGGGCAGAGGACACCACGGGGCUUCAAACGUUGGGUUAAAAUGGAGGGGGUUGAUUUUGCUCUGGUUUUGUCUCGGAGUAUGACAGUGUGCUAAAUCAGUACUCUAGCUUACAUGCUCGGGAGACUGAGUGUGACACACAGGCAGCUUAUCUGGGAAUGAGAUGCACAUUUGGGAGCCAGGUGGGUUACUUGCCUACACACUGUCUUCAUUAGGUUUGGCCUACCAAGCACUACUUAGAAACUGGAAAAUAUAUACAGGUUCAUGUAUGUAGUGUACAUGUCAAAAUACAUAUCUAGGCAUCACCGUGGGCAGGAGUGAGGAAGAUAAGGCUCAACAUGGAAUAUUAAAGUAGCCACAGAGGAGGGAGCUUAAACUCCCAUUUUAUGUGGCCGUAACUCUGAAUUCCACCCACAGCCAAAACAGUUGUAGGUUGUUACAUCUUCCCCAGUUUUGGCCGUUGUGGUUCUUCUACACCAGAUGCUUCAGCCACGGUUAGACUACGUCUCAUUGUCUCCCUUGUUUUUGUUUUGAGUGGCGAUGUUCAAAAUAAACUUUGUGCAAUCUGGGAACCCUUCUUCCUGCAUCAUAUUUGUUAUUCUUUGGAGAGGUCCAGACUUCUUCGUGUUUGCCUGCUGGUCUGCAGUGAAAACAGUAUGGUGCUGCCUCUGUGGCAAACGCCGGCGCCUUAACCACGCGGCUGUCCCCUCCGCAGAGGGCGGCGAGACUUCGGACCUGCCCCCCACCGCCGUGGGCUUUCCACUGCCUUCCACGCUGCAGCAGCCCGGCCUGUGCUGGGCCUCGGGCUGCUCAGAGCACGCACUGCCCCUGAGCAGCGUUGUCAGUACGGACCGGUGCUGCUCAAACCUGGGGCUGCCUCUGCAGCACGUCUUCCUGUGCUGUGCCACGUGGGGCCACAGCCCCGGACCAUCCGCCGCGCUCUUGUCUCCAGACAUGCAGCCUUCUCAAGGGAUUGUGAAUCAUGCAAAAUGGUUACUUACUCUGAGCUUAGAAAGACUAGGGAGCAUACUUUGCAUGUCAAUUUUGUUUAUUUUUAAAAUUUUCUCUUUAAGAUUGUAGGUGCUGGGUUUUUUUCUUUUUUCUUUAUCUUGAGUUAGCUUGCAUGUUAAAUCUGUUGGCACUUCAGCUGUAAAACCAGCCCCAGGUUUCUGGAUGCAGGUCAAGUUGGACCCUUCAGGAGUGACCAUACGUAGAGGCGUCAGCCGAGAACCGUCCAGCGUACGUGAGCCAAGGCGGAACCAGCAGACAAGCACAGCUCUGCAGAUGUGGCCGUCCUUCCCCUUUGUCUGUGAGCCUCGCCCGAAAGCUGCUGUUCUCAUCCUGCGUGUCGUUGUCUCUCGUGUCCUCCCCGGCGUCCGUGUGGGUCUCAUGCCACGUGUUAAAUAUGCAAUAAAGUGUUUACCGGAUGCCCCCGGAAGGGCGUCCUUUGUACAGCUGUACAGACUGCAGUUGAAGCACAAUGUGCACAUGCUAGUUUUAUAUACAGCAAAACUUGAUUUUUUGCAGAUGGAAAGGUAUUUUGUUUCUAUACAAAGUAAACGGAUUGUUUGUGCUUAAUGGAAAGCUGCUUUAUAAAAUUGUAAAAUAAAGUUUUUAUCUUAAAAGGA